AUGGUGAAUUUUUCGAAGCAAGAAGUUGAAGUUGUUGUAGUUGGAGCCGGUCCAUCAGGAAUAGCGAUUUCAGCUUGCUUAAAUAAUUUCGGUAUCAAAAAUGUUGUGUUAGAAAAGGAGGAUUGUUGUGCUUAUUUGUGGAAGAAAAAAACCUAUGAUAGACUUAAUUUACACUUAGCUAAGGGUUUUUGUUCAUUACCCUUUAUGCCACAUACAACUUCAACCCCGAAAUAUUUGUCAAAAAAUGAGUUUAUUCAAUACUUAGACAAGUAUGUGGAGCAUUUCAGUAUCAAACCAAACUUUCAAACUUGUGUUGAAUUGGCGUUUUUCAAUAGUGAGGAGGGUAAAUGGAACGUCAAAUCAAGAAAUUUGGCUAGUGGAGAUCUGGAAGUGUAUGCCUGUAACUUCUUAAUUUUGGCUACAGGGGAAAAUAACGAAGGUUAUAUUCCAAAGAUGGUAGGGAUUGAAAAGUUCGAAGGCGAAAUUAUUCAUUCAAGUGACUAUAAAUCCGGGCAAAAAUAUAAAGAAAAAAACGUAUUGAUUGUUGGAUCAGGAAACUCUGGAAUGGAAAUAGCGUUUGAUCUUUCAAAUUAUGGAAGUCACGCAUCGAUUGUUGUUAGAAGCCCAAUUCAUGUUCUAACAAGGGAGAUGGUGUAUAUUGCAAUGUUAAUGCUAAAAUAUUUACCAGUAUCUUUGGUUGAUACUGUAAUUGCAAAGUAUGCCAAAUUUAAAUUUGGAAAUUUGGCAGAAUUAGGAAUACCACAACCAGAAGAAGGCCCAUUUUCUGUUAAAAUAUCAAAAGGUAGAUCUCCAGUAAUUGAUGUUGGUGCCAUAGACAAGAUCAAACUUGGACAGAUAAAGGUACUUCCUGAAAUAUCGGAAAUAAGGGAAUGCACAGUAGUGUUUGACAAUGGAGAUGAACAUCAAUUUGAUGCAAUCAUUUUUGCUACUGGAUACAAAAAUGUUGCUACCAAAUGGCUAAAGGAUUAUAGCUCAAUAUUCCUUGAAGAUGGCACAUUGAUAAAUUGGAAAGGAGAGAAUGGGCUCUACGCUGCUGGAUUUUCAAAAAGAGGCAUUGCGGGUAUUUCAAUGGAUGCUAUAGCUAUUGCCGAUAAUAUUAAGACUGUCAGAGGAGACAAAAUCUAG